AUGACAGCAGAAUGGAUGCCACUAGGAAGCCAAAAUGGCACUCGCUCACCCCGGCCCGAGGUUACUUUGCGCACAGGAAAGCGUGGAGGACAGCUGCUGCGCCACGAGCAUCAUGGCGAGGAAGUGCGCCGACACGGCCGUACUAAAGGCCGUGAUGUCGCUGUUGAUGACAACCCUUUGAGGAACAGGCAGAGAUGGUACCGACUCCAGAACAUAACCGCCACACAGAAGCUGUUCGCCAUGGGUCUUGUGUUACCUCUUCUCUGGAUCUUCUGGGCCUUGGCUGUCAACCAGGCUGAGGCAUGGCGCCCAUUCUGGAAAUCCCAUCACGCCAAAUGUGUCGCCGCCACGUUUGAUCAUGUCCUCCCAGUCGGAGCGACCAUCGAGAGGAUAGAUCAUGUUUUGGCAGGCGAUACCUACGGUGAAGGAGCGGCCGACAUCGCAUACCCUACUCAGCCAACUGAUCUGCCCGAGCUCUGCGCCGUCACCGUCAAGGUGCCCUCAUCAUCGUCGACUAGCUUCCGCUUCGGUCUCUUUCUACCUAUGCCACCGCAUUGGAAGGCGAAGUUCCUGGCCGUGGGCAACGGCGGGUUUGCGGGAGGGAUCAAUUGGCUCGACAUGGCACCCGGCGCCCAUUACGGCAUGGCCGCCCUCUCGACGGACACCGGCCACAACUCCACGACGAUGGACAUCGCGUGGGCGCUGAACCAGCCCGAGAAGAAGACCGACUGGGGCUGGCGAGCCCUGCACCGGUCGGUCGAGCUCGGGAAGAAGAUGACGGAGGCGUACUACGCGCGGCGCAUCAAGUACUCGUACUACAACGGUUGCUCAACUGGUGGCCGCCAGGGACUAAAGGAGGUUCAGAUAUCGCCGGACAGCUUCGACGGCGCGCUGAUCGGCGCUCCGUCGUGGUAUCCGGCGCACAUCAACCCCUUUGUCAACAAGUUCGGCAUGUACAACCUGCCAGUGGACGAUCCGAAGCACCUGAGCACGGGCGACUUUUCGAUGCUGGCGAAGGAAGUCCAGAAGCAGUGUGACGAGGCCGACGGAGUCAAGGACAACAUUGUUAGCGCCCCUUGGCUAUGUGCCUUUGACUUUCGCAAGAUCCAGUGCGGUCAGCCUGGGGUCAAUGCCUCUGCUUGCUUGACAGACCUGCAGAUCCAGACGGCGAAGAACGUGUACAAGAACGACUAUUCUCCCGGCGGAGAGGUGGUCAACACUGGACUGGACUUCAGCUCCGAGGAACAGUGGUACAUCCUGUUGGGAGGUACAGAGCCCAGCAAAUACGGGACCAGCUAUGUGAAGUACUUUGUCUAUGACGAUCCAGACUGGGACUGGCACACUUACAACGACUCGGUACUCGAGUAUGCAGCGAGGACGGAUCCUGGACAGGCAUCAGCGAUACAGUUCGAUCUUUCCAAGUUCAGAAGAAGGGGCGGCAAGAUCAUUCUCCACCACGGCCUGGCAGACGGCCUUGUCCCCCCACGGGGCUCAAUGUGGUACUACAACAAGACGGUGCAGACGAUGGGCAAGAUCGACGACUUCUUCACCUUCUUCCAGAUCCCGGGAAUGCAGCACUGCGGGGGCACCCCCAGCGAGACGAACGCGCCUUGGAACAUGGGAGGGGCCUUUCAAGCCGGCAGCAUGUCUCCGAGCGGCUGGUCGGUGCCGGGCUUCAAGGACUCCAAGCACGAUGCCCUGCUGGCGCUGAUGGACUGGGUCGAGAAAGGGAAGCCGGCCAAGAGCGUCAUCGCAACCACCUACAACAGCCCCACGAACUCGAGCACGGGCGUGUACAGGCAGAGGCCGAUAUGCGCGUAUCCAAAGUCAGCAAAGUGGGACGGCAAGGGAGAUCAGAACAAGGCGUCGAGUUGGGCUUGCAAGUAG